AUGGGCGAACUUCGCGGCCAGCGGCUUGUCUUGGCCGUCACCGUUCUCACGUCGUUGGGGUUCAUGCUGAUUGGCUAUGACAAUGGCCUUAUGGGAGGCUUAGUCGCUGCACCGGCGUUCAACUCGACAUUCGACUCGCCGGAUCCGACCAUGACAGGUCUCAUCGUUGCCAUCUACGAAGGCAAGUCUAUUGGCUGUUUCUUUGGUUGUGUUGCAACGGCGAUAUUCGGCGAGAAAUACGGCCGUCGAAAGACCAUCGGAACGGGAUGCUCAGUCAUGGUCGUCGGCGCCAUCAUCCAAGCCGCCUCAUUUGGGCGUGCCCAACUGAUUGUUGGGCGAAUCGUCUCAGGUAUCGGGAUGGGCAUCGUUAACUCUACCGUUCCCGUUCUGCAGGCCGAGUUCAGCCCCAAGGCAAGCAGAGGUAUCUACGUCUGCGCACAGCUUUCUACUCUCAACUUUGGAAUCUUUCUCAUCUACUGGAUCGACUACGGCUUCUCGUCACACGUUGACAGCUACGCCUGGAGGAUCCCGGUUGCCAUGCAAUGCUUCUGUCUCCUUCCAAUGUUUAUCAUCUUGCAGUUCAUACCAGAGACUCCUCGCUGGCUUGCGGCACACGACCGGCAAGAUGAGUGCUUGGCAGUGCUGAAGCGCCUCAAUUGUGACGAGGACGAGGACACGGCGUACGCCCUUCACCACUCAAUCACGCAGACGGUGACGUUCGAGGCCGAAAACAGCGCCAGUUCGUGGAGAGAUCUCUUGGUGCAGGAUCGCAUCCAGAGCCAGAAGAGGUUUCUCAUUGCUUGUGCUAUUCAAGGAUUUCAACAGCUUGGCGGAAUCAAUGCCAUCAUCUACUACAGUAGUACGCUUUUUGAGAAGAGUAUCGGAUUCGAUAGCCACAUGUCGGCCCUCAUGUCUGGCUUCCUCCAGACUUGGUUCUUCAUCGCCUCGUUCAUCCCAUGGUUCUUGAUAGACCGUGUGGGCAGGCGACCCUUGCUCUUGUCUAUGAUUAGCGUCAUGGCGGCCGUCAUGGCGGUUCAAGCAGCUCUCAUCUACCAGGUCCAGGACUCUACCGCCAUUGCCACAUCAGCCGGCAUCGGCGCUGCAGCUAUGCUUUUUGUCUUCCAGGGAGCCUUCACCAUCGGCUUCCAGGCGACUGUUUGGGUCUACCCCUCCGAGAUCUUGCCUCUGCGGAUUCGACAAUUGGGCUCCUCCAUUUCCAGUGCAACAAACUGGAUUUUCAACUACAUGAUUGUUCAAAUCACGCCAAUCUCGAUUUCAAGCAUCGGGUGGAAGACUUACAUCAUCUUUGCGGUCUUGAACGCCGCGUGGGUCCCCAUCAUCUACUUGUUCUUCCCCGAAACCAAAGGCUUGGAGUUGGAAGACGUUGACCGUCUCUUUGCCGGUGACGAUUUUGAGGAGAGGAGCCAUGACAGAGACAGUAAGCACGAAGUGUGGGAUGUCGAGGAAGUCAGGGCUUAG